CGCCGUGAUGAAUUAUCCAGUGUCGUUAGUCUGGAUUUGUGUUGUAUAUAGUUGGCAUUUCAUUUUUUAAUUUAAAAACAAGCUCGGUCACGCUGCAACGUAUUUAUGCUGAAAUUUGCGAACUUCAGCGUGUUCAUAUUGCCGUUCAAUUUUAUCCUUUCGAGUAGGCACACUAAAUCAAUUUUCUUUUCACCGAAGAACUUGGCAGAGUGAUAAAAAUAUCUGGAUUAAAAUCGUUUUCGAAUACUUUAGUCAUAAAGCACGUCAAUCAAAUGCAAAUUGUAAUUGUCACGGAAGGUAAGAUAAGUAUACCCUCCUAACAAGACCAGAAUCGUUUCGGUCGUUUCAUUUCGGGAUCAUCUUACGAAUUACAUUUAUGCACUGCAUUUACGCAAUGCUACCAGACGCUUGCACUGUAUGCAAGAUGUGACCUUCACCUCUAAAUAUGUACGUAUUUGUUGUUGCUAUAAUGUAUAACAAUACAACGUGCAUAGCGUUAUUUGAUCAUACGUGUGGAUUACAGCUACUUAUUCAGGUUUCACUUCAAGGCGAGGAAGCGAAACGAUUGUACCUAACAUUGUCUACCUCACAAACAUAUUAUCUCUGAAAACUUACUCACUCGACAAAUGUUAUUUUUUAUACUAAAUUUGGUUUCAUAGAAUACCACAAAAUUGAUAGCGAUAGUGCAGGACACGUAUGACGAGUUAACAGUCAUUCACUGCACUGGUGUAGGUAAUAUACAUGUGGCAGGGAAAGUUUUGUGCAUGCAUUUUCUCCAUUAUUUGAAGUUGUGAGAAUAUAGUAUUAUUUAUGUUGUAAACUAGUUAUGGGAAUAUAAUACACUAAUUACUGUCCUGUAUAAGUCUUGAUCUGAAUAUUUUCACAUGAAAAACGGUUUGAGUAGAAUGUUUGUUUCGUACUUUUGCACAUUCUUAUCUUGAGCUUCCUUGUCUUCUGUGCGUCACAAUUAUACAGACGAUGCACUGAUAAUGGUGCACGAUAAAAUGGAAAGCAGUAAUCUUUAAGCAUUCAUCCUAAUUAAUGACUGCAGAAUUCAUCGAUUGUUUGGACGACGUACGCGGUUGAGCUUCGCGGAAGACUUUCCGUUAUAGUCGUACUCUUAGGUGUACAUUGCACUGUAUAUAUUAUAACGACCUUGAAAUUCUUAACAUAUCUGUGUGAAAAAAUCGAUUUCUUCUCUCGUCUAACUUUCGUUCCCCACUUGAAAUGAUAAUUUUGUAAAGAUAACAAUGUUCAUAAUAAUGAAAAUGAUCAUCCAUCUGUUUUAAUGAAUGCGACACAUCUUGUAAACGACUGGAAAUCCAACCGAAUUCUGCUGCCGUUGAGGAACUGAAGAAGAGCGUCUCCCGAUUGAAGUUACCCAAGGAGCAUUCCCCGCGGGUUUAGAAAAUCAUUCACCAGCUAACUCUUUAUCGAGUACCAACCGAAAACAACUAACAUGGCGGACAAGAUCAAAGCAUUUUUCCAGAAAAAGAAAUCCGAUGCCAAAUUUAAGAUGGCUGGAAAGGGGUACAAAUUAACCGAAUCGACGAGUUCAUCAAAAUCGAACUCUAACGAAACAGUGAAGCCAGUGACGCGGGCGGAACCAACCACAGAAGCUAAAAUUGCAGGACAAGCUGCCCUGGCGAGGCUCGAGUCGAAGAGGCCAGACCCGACAAAGUUCAACACAUCGUACGCGGCUAUCCAGGCACAAGUCAAACGAGAACUGGAGGCGGAGAGAAAAGCGGCGAGUAAUGAGGCAAAGGAAAUCGCGCUGCCAAAGGAGCAGAAAAUCCCACAGGAGGUCGAGGCAAACCCGCUGCUCGCUGUACGCGGGGUUUAUUUUCGCUGUCCGAUUAUUUCUGACGAAAUAUUAACCAGGGACGAGUGGAAGAGCAAGAUUCGACAGUUCCUUUACGAGCAGCUCAAUUACGAGGAGCCCGGACUCACCGCCUGCCUCAUCAUUCAUAGUUGUAAUGCCGGGAAAGAAAAGGUUGAACAGUGUGUCGAAACCAUGUGCAAGUACCUUGAAAAUAUCAUCAAUAAUCCGGGGGAGGAGAAAUACUGGAAAAUACGAAUGUCCAAUCGGGUAUUUCAGGACAAAGUGAAGCCCGUCGAGGGUGCCUUGCAGCUGUUUAAAGCCGCUGGGUUUGAGAUGGUCAAACUAGCGCAUCAGGAACAGGAAGAGGACUUCCUGGUUUGGAAUCCGGAAAAAUCUUCGAUCGAGCAAGUCGGUAUACUGGUUGAUGCCCUGAGGACGGCAGAGCCCGUUCGAAUUGAGUUGGACAGAAACUUACAAGUCUUACUGCCGAGUCAGGCAGCGAAAAGAAACGAAUUACCUCCAAUUUUCUUCACCAUGUCGCCGGAGGAGAUUAAGAAGGAGCAUCAGCUCAGGUCUGAAGCGGUAGCAAAGAGUCAAAUUCUCCGUACGAAGGCGAUGCGGGAAAAAGAGGAAUUGCGAGAAAUGAAGAAAUACCGUUACGCCUUGAUACGGGUGCGUUUCCCGGACGGGGUAAUGCUUCAAGGCACCUUCGCGGUUUACGAAAGGGUCGAGAACGUCGUAGAAUUUGUCAGAGAGAAUUUGAUCAGCGACGAGAUACCGUUCGUUUUAACAACGCCGACGGGUCAUCGUCUCGGGAAUGAAGACUAUGAAAAGACCUUGGUUGACAACAGACUGGUCCCCGCAUCAAUACUGAAUUUCAGCUGGGAUACGGAGAUUUUAGAUACCAAGGGACCCACCGAAUAUCUCAAAGAAGAAAUCAUCUGCCUGAUACAGUCCACGUAAGCCUCCUCACCCUACUCGAGCUAUGAUUUUAUCUCAUCACCUUCCACUCGACAAUCGUAAGCACGGACACUCUAGUUUCACACGAAGCGAAGUUUGGAGUCUUUGUUAUUGUUCAAGCUAUAGAAAAAUCAGAUUCUAACACAUUGGUAGAAAAUGAUGCACCAAAUUAACAAAAUUUUCGAUUUUGAAUAAUGGGUGACCAUUGUGCUCACGGUGCUGAUUGAUUGUAGACAUCGUCGCGUUCCGCCGUCUCACACACGGUUUGGUUCUGUUUUUGAUAUUCUACAAGACGAUGAAACUGAAAUCAAUACGCAAGGGAAAAAAGAAACUAGAAACUGAAUAGAUCAAUUAAAGACGAAGACAAUAUUCUCUGCUGUCUGGCGUCGAAUUAUGACAUGCUUACGUCUUAUUAUACCUUUUAAUAGAAAUGUCCCCCCUAAUAAUGCGAAUAACGGGAUGUUUUGCUGAAUGAUUGCCAGGGGUAAAUGCAACACUAUGGACAUACAGGUAAUAUUUUACACUAUUGAUAGCAAAAUAUUCUCUUUGUAAUUGAAUCCAUACUUGUUAAAAAAGGAAAAAAAAAGAAAGACGAUUGGAAUAAAUAUCAUGUUUUAUUUUCA